CCUCCCUUUCUUAUUUCCCAUUUUCUUGGAGCGAACCGGUCGGGCGGAAUGAAAUAAAUAUUCAAAAGAUGCAGUCCUCGAGGUGGCACUAUAUGAUUAGACUUAAUGUUCUCUUUGUCAUAUUGAUACCAUUGACUUAUGCUUCGGACGGCCCGUCGGAUUUCAACUCAUGGUGUCGAAAUCGCAUCUCUGGUUAUACAGACAAUGACCAAUCGCCUAUAGCAAGGGAUAUAGAUCCUAGGGUCGACACUUUCGAUCUGGGUUGCACAGUAUCGACUGAGGCUAUAACAUCUUUCGGCGGAACUGGAACAGACAGCGUCAACUGCAACACAGCAGCGGAAUACGCAAGUGUUUGCUAUGACAUCUGUUCCGAAGAUGCAUCCUGCCGAUUUGCGAGUAAACAAGACACGGAGGAUCAAGGGUUAGAAAGCAAUGCGCUUCGAGCCUGUGCUUUAGCAAGCUUUCUCGUCGGCCCAGACCAGGUCGUAUGGGGAUCUACAGGUAGUCCGGAGCACACUGCACUGGCGCAGGUAAACUGGUCGAAGGAUUGUUGGAAAGCACCCCGCUGUAUUUUGCGGCCGUCUAGCACGGAAGAUGUCAGUAGGAUAGUGAAGAUUAUCAGCCGCACCUCUACCAAGUUCGCGAUCCGUAGCGGUGGCCAUAACCCCAAUCCUGGAUGGGGUAGCAUUGGAGAAGACGGAGUACUCGUGGAUCUAUCGCGCCUAGAUAAAAUCCAAGUGUCUGGUGAUGCGCAGACACUGGCUCUGGGGCCCGGAAGGAGAUGGAUUGAUGUCUACAAAGCACUAGAAGGAACCGGGCGGACAGUUCUCGGUGGCCGCACCCCGGAUGUUGGUGUUGGCGGAUUGCUACUUGGCGGCGGCAUCCCGAGCUUCUCAAGCGAGUACGGCCUAGCAUGCGACUACGUGCAAAGGUACAAGGUGGUUCUGGGUAACGGAACAAUCGCUCUCGCCGACCGUGACACGAACCGAGACCUAUUCUGGGCACUGAAAGGAGGGGGAGCAAACUUCGGCAUUGUUACUGAAUUCGAACUGGAAACUGUCCCCGUAGACAAGAUCUGGUACGAAUCGCGCAUCUACGGACCAGGAGAGAGCCGGAAUCUCCUGACUGCCGUCCGCGAGUAUCAAGAACACGCCGAGGAAGAUCCCCGGGCUUCAUUUGCCUUUAGCUUGUCGAGCAAUCACACGAUUGUAGCAUUCAUUUAUUCUGAGCCCGUAGAGUAUCCGGAUGUGUUUUCCAUGUUUUACGACAUUCCAUACGAGCGGCAUUUCAUCAAGCCGACGCUGGGCACUCCAUACACCCUAGCGGCGGCGUUUGAAAAGGUCUUGGGCGAACGGCCUGCCUAUAAACGCGACAUAGUCGCCGUUUCUACUCUGCCUGAUCUCAAGCUCUACGAAGAAGCAUAUGAUCGUUGGCUCGAGAUAUCGAGUGACGCGAUGGCCAGAUUUGACUGUAUGAUGACUUUUGGCAUCCAGCCCGUCACGUCGAGCGCUGUCAAGAAGAGCAUGGCGAGAGGCAACCCUCUGACAUUUGUACCAGAAAGUCAACAAUGGUAUACAUCAGUAAUUCAAUGGCAAGAUGACAACUACGACGACAUAGCACAUGAGGCGAUCAAGGCAAGCGGCGAAGGGAUGCGUAGCGCUGCCCAGCGGAAGGGUCUGCUUCUCGACUUCAUCUUCAUGAACGACGCUACCUGGGACCAGGACCCUCUCUCCAGCUACGGGGAAGAAAGUGUGGCUGAGCUGAUCAGGAUUUCUCAUGAAUACGACAGUUCCCAGUUCUUCCAAAACCUGCAAGCAGAUGGCUUCCUACUUCGUAAGAUCGGGCAGCAGGGCGGUUCUGCGUGAUUCGCAAGGUGCUUUCCUCACUUACGUCUCUCCUCCUGUCUACAAUUUACAUGCCUUGUCUGCUGAUUCGCGCCCGAUGCGGGAUGCAUUCAUGUAGUGUACUGUGUGAAUAGUAGAGCUAGCAUAGAUACCCUCGAUACCCACAUCAAGUCCUGCAUGUGAUUUGGAAACCCACAGAAGAUGUCUUCGGCUGGAGAAAAGAUCGUCAAGUCUCCCCUCUCGCAGGGCUGGCUUUACACUGUGAUGAUACAACACUCUGUCUGCAUAAAAUGUCACCCUGCACAACUAUCUGGGGCUCGCUGGGUACGGUAGCAUCGGUAAACACACCCUGCAUGAGAAGGAAUGUACUAAAUGCAUACCCACUUCUGACUGCAUCUGCGUGGUAUUAACCU